UUCCCUGUGUGAGUAUGAUGAAGAUCAUAGAGAAAGAAUGGGUAAUGGUAAAACCAAUGGAAGAAACGCCGAGUGUCAGUAUUUGGCUCUCUAAUAUAGACUUGGUUUUUCCUGACGCCUACCAUAGUCGGUGGAUGCACAUUUACCGCUGCGAUGGCUGCGCCGGCAUUUUCGAUACGGCGGCGCUGAAGGCAGCUCUGAGCCGGGCCCUUGUGGAGUUCUACCCGUAUGCGGGGAGGCUGAGAGAGGAUGACAACGGCCGCCUUGAGAUCAACUGCAACGGUGAGGGAGUGUUGUUCGUGGAGGCGGAGUACGACGGCUCCCUCGAUGACCUGGGUGAUUUCUGCAACCCCAGGCCUGACCUCAGCCUCGUCCCCGCUGUCGAUUACUCUCAUGGAAUUUCUAGCUUCCCACUUUUUCUGGUCAAGUUAACUCGUUUCAAAUGCGGCGGAGUGAGCUUAGGCUUUGCCAACGAGCAUCACACAUCAGACGGUAUUUCGGCGCUCCAUUUCAUCACUACCUGGUCAGAAAUCGCUCGUGGCCUAACCACCAUCCCACCUACUAUUUCCUUGGAUCGCCGCGUCCUCUCGGCGCGCAACCCCCCGCAGCCCCAGUUCCGCCACAUCGAGCACCAACCCCCUCCGCCGCUCAAAACAGCCCCUCCUCUGGCUGACACGACUUCCUCCACAUUCAGGCUGAGCCGCCAUCACAUCAAAGCCCUCAAGCAAAAAUGCAGCAGCCAUUCAAAUUACAGCAUGUACGAGGUGGUGGCGGGCCACGUGUGGCGCUGCGUGAGCAUUGCCCGCGGCCUGCCAAGGGAUCAGGAGACGAAGCUGCAGUUCCCUCUGAAUGCGCGGCAGAAACUUCGGCCCCCUCUCCCAGAGGGUUUUUUCGGAAAUGGGAUCUUCUACACGGGCGCAUUUGCUCGGAUUGGGGAGCUGGAAUCGAAGCCGUUGAGGUUCGCGGUGGAGAAAGUGCACGAGGCAAUCGCCCGAAUGGACGACGAAUACAUGUGGUCUGCCUUGGAUUACUUGGAGUUGCAUAUGCAAAAUGUGGAAGGCAUUGUUCGAACCCAAAACAAUGUGAAAUGCCCAAAUUUCGGGAUAACGAAUUGGGUUAGGCUGCCUGUUCACAAGGCGGAAUUCGGAUUGGGGAAGCUUGUUUUUGUGGGUCCCGGCGGAGCUCCCUCUGAAGGGAAGAGUUUUCUGUUUGCAGAUCAGGAAAAUGAAGGAAGCCUGUUGCUGGCGAUCACGCUGCAUCAACAACACAUGAAACGAUUUCAAAAUUUGCUUUAUCACGACGAUUCAUAUAUCAUAUCUAAAAUUUGA